AUGGAAAGAGAUCAUGCUAAUCGUUCUAGGCCUCUUGCCUUUAAUCUCUUUAAGUUUGAUGACUGGAAAGUCAGGAUGCAAGCCCAUCUCUCGGCCAUUCAUGAUGAAAUGUGGGAAGUCAUAGAAGAAGGUCCUAUCGUUGUAAUGAUGGUAAAUGCACAAGCAGCUGCUCAAGGAGCAGAUCCAGAAAAAUGUAAGACAGCGAAGGAAAUCUGGGAUACUCUCAUGAGUUUAGGCGAAGGAGACGAACAAGAAAAGGACAACAAGCUUACUGUUGCCAUGAAGAAGUUUGAGGAAUUCAAAAUGCUACCAAACGAAACCAUCGCAGACAUGGAAUUCAGAUUCACGAAACUUAUGGGAGAAAUUUUGGAUCUAGGAAAGGAGGCAACCGAGAAGGAAAAGAACCUAAAGAUACUCUGA